AUGGAUUACGCUGAAGGAGAAGAUGUAAACCUGCCUUGUAACCACUCAACCAUCAGUGGAGAUGAGUAUAUACAUUGGUAUCGGCAAAAUCCCAAUCAGAGUCCACAAUAUAUAAUUCAUGGUUUACAAAACACUGUGAACAAUAGCAUAGCCUCUCUGACCAUCGCAACAGACAGAAAGUCCAAUACCUUGAUCCUGCCCCAGGUCACUCUGAGAGAUACUGUUGUGUACUACUGCAUCCUCGCUGAAGGGCACAUUUGGAGUAGGCUCAACACCAGGAGCAGAGACUGUCAAGGAAGCAUCUCUUUGCCUAAACAGGGAUCUCUUGAAUCCCAGAUUUUCCCAUUUGCAAAGACUCAGCAUACUCUGGUACAUUCCUUCCUGCUCCUCAGGGGAGAUCUUCCAGAAUACAGCUCUCAGCUUCCUCACUGCCCAGCCAUGUUCUCAAUGACCAUUCUCAUGCUUGGAAUGCUCUUCACAGUGAGAGGAACCGGAGCCCAGUCAGUGACCCAGCCUGACGACCACACCACUGUCUCUGAAGGAGACCCUCUUGAGCUGAAAUGUAACUAUUCCUAUAGUGGAGCUCCUUAUCUCUUCUGGUAUGUCCAGUACCCCAGCCAAGGCCUCCAGCUUCUACUCAAGUAUACAUCAGGGGCUACCCUGGUUAAAGGCAUCAAAGGUUUCCAGGCUGAAUUUAAGAAGAGUGAAACCUCAUUUCAUCUGUGGAAACCAUCAGCCCAUUUGAGUGACUCGGCUGAGUACUUCUGUGCUCUGAGUGACACAGUGACUGAGACUGUAGAGGGAGCUGAACACAAACCUCCUGAGACACUGGGGUUUUCAGAGACUAAAGGACACAGCUUGACCUGUUUUUAUCAAGGUCUCUCAUGUUAUGAAAGUGAGCAGGGUGGGGAGCAGAGCCCUGGGGAGUGCUUGGCUCCUGAAGAUAAACAGGAACUUCAAUGUGUUCCUUCCUUUACUACUGGGUCAUGUUAA